GUGGUCCCUCCCUCUCUCCUCUCCUCUUCCUCCGUCUCCUCCUCCUCCUCCUCCUCCUCCCCGGUGGCCCUGGCAGCAUGGCGGCGGCGGAGUCCCGGUCGUGCGAGACGUCGGGCUGCACCCGCGAGGCCAAGCUGCAGUGCCCCACCUGCCUCAAGCUGGGCAUCCAGGGCUCCUACUUCUGCUCCCAGGAAUGUUUUAAGGGAAGCUGGGCUACCCACAAGUUGCUACACAAGAAAGCAAAGGACGAUAAAGCUAAGAGGGAAGUUUCUGCCUGGACUGUAGAUGGUGAUGUAAACACAGAUCCAUGGUCUGGCUAUCGGUAUACUGGCAAACUCAGGCCCUAUUAUCCACUGACGCCAAUGAGACCUGUGCCGAGUUACAUUCAAAGACCGGACUAUGCUGAUCACCCCUUAGGUAUGUCUGAAUCAGAGCAGGCCCUUAAAGGAACUUCCCAGAUAAAGAUUCUUUCCUCAGAGGAUAUAGAAGGCAUGCGAGUAGUGUGUAGGCUUGCUAGAGAAGUACUAGAUGUUGCUGCCAUGAUGGUGAAGCCAGGAGUAACUACUGAAGAAAUAGACCAUGCUGUUCAUUUAGCUUGUAUUGCCAGAAAUUGCUAUCCAUCCCCACUGAAUUAUUAUAAUUUUCCUAAGUCUUCCUGUACGUCAGUAAAUGAAGUGAUCUGUCAUGGAAUUCCAGACAGGAGACGCUUACAAGAGGGUGAUAUUGUCAAUGUGGACAUUACUGUUUAUCGGAAUGGCUACCACGGAGAUCUCAAUGAGACAUUUUAUGUUGGAGAGGUUGAUGAGGGUGCAAAGAGACUAGUCCAGACAACAUAUGAGUGCCUAAUGCAAGCAAUUGAUGCAGUAAAGCCUGGUGUCCGGUAUAGAGAGCUGGGAAAUAUUAUACAGAAGCAUGCUCAAGCCAAUGGAUUUUCAGUAGUUCGGAGCUAUUGUGGGCAUGGGAUUCAUAAGCUUUUCCACACUGCUCCCAAUGUGCCUCAUUAUGCCAAAAAUAAGGCUGUUGGGGUGAUGAAACCUGGUCAUGUGUUUACAAUAGAACCAAUGAUCUGUGAAGGUGGCUGGCAAGAUGAAACCUGGCCGGAUGGUUGGACGGCAGUGACACGGGACGGGAAGCGGUCCGCUCAGUUUGAACACACGCUUCUGGUCACAGAUACUGGGUGUGAUAUCUUAACCCGGCGGUUGGAUAGCCUUCGCCCUCACUUUAUUACCCAGUGCUAAUGAAGGUCAAACUGGGAGGUCUGAACCAAGCAUCUCUUGACUCUGUACUGUUCACUUAAGUAAAGUACAGGCUAAAGGGGGAUUUUAUCACCUGUUUUCUUCUUGUUGACUCUAGGUAAGACAGAUGCAACCUUGCAUUAUUUGGCUUGGAAUAGCCUGAUACAGUGGAUUGAAAAUGGAGGUUUUGGAGCAUUUUCUCCACACUCCUGUGCCCCAACAUAGUUUGAAUAUUUUUUCCAAGUCCUUUAUCCUUAUAACCCCCCCCCCCCUUUAUUUCCAACUUUCCUACAGCUGAACUUCAGGUGGUUCUGUCAUUGCCAUAGCUAUCAAAUGGCAAAUAUGAGACAACUUGGUCCAGGUAGAUGCAAGGUUUUGGAAAAAGAGCCUUUCUGCUUUUAUAAGUGUCACCUGAGUUUUAAAACUUUUCUUGUUGGAAAGGCAAGUCCUGUAUAGCUGUUGCUGAAAAGACAGUUUUAAAGGGCCAUGCUCUCAUCUGUUUCUAAUUCAGAGGUGGAAAUGUGUAGCAGAAAGUGUUUGUUUUCAGGUUUUCUCUCUUCCAGUCUGGUUGCUUCUAUUGUAACGAUGUAUGGAAGAAUAAUAACCACCUCAUGACAAGAUGGGGCCAUUUUCUUUUUGGCUGUUAAUUUGUACUGAUGAUUUUGUGCCCGUUGUAAAGAGAGAUCACUGAGAUUCUGCCUUGCUCAAGCUUUUACCAAAUUGCAGCCUCCAUAGGCAGUGUUUGUCAGCCAAUUAUGUUCAAAAAGUUCACUUGUAGAAACUCUGCUUUUAAAUUCAAAUUUGGAACAACUUGAAAUAUUUGGAGUUUCUUUUCUCCUGCAGAUGUGUUCUAAUGAAGGGCAUAUUAUGGCAUUCCACUACCAAUAUGCAGCCAAGUGCUUGGAUCACCACUUCCUUACGAAUCCUUUCAAUCCAAAGACAAAAGGCACUCUUGAGCCAAUUCUGAGCUUUCCCCCCCUCCAGUUUGUGGUGACUUUGUGUGUUUCAGCAGGGUUAAGUGGCUGGCUAUCAUGAUUACCACUUAAUGGGAUUUCAUCAUAGCACAACAAAUUACAUUGUUGAAUUUGUCUCACGCGAUUAGACGGCCAUUUCAUUACAGAUCCUUUUGAUCCAUAAUGACAAAAUCACAAAGGACUGGAGAAAGUUUCACCAAUGAGCAUGAGAUUUCUAAAAAUAAAAUAAUGCUGCAAGUUUCACAUUGUUGUCUUAUCAUGGAACUGCUCUCCCCCUUGAAAAAUCCUUUUCCCAUCCCCCAUGUGUGUAAGAGAGAAGAAAACCAUCCAAGCUAACCACUAUGGUUCCUCAUCAGAAACAGAUUGGUUUGAGUAGAGUAUUCACUUGAAAGAAGGAAGAAAUUGGCAAUACUUCCCAAAAGGUCCUUGGACCAGCUACAGCACACGUAAUGGAGAUACCAUUCCAGACAUACACUUUUCUCAGCAAGUCCAGGUCUGGAAGAUCAGCUCUUGAUGACAUUGAGGGAGGAUCGGCCACGUUAAGAUAUUCAAGUUGGGCAGAUUCUAGUGCUGUAGGGGCUGCAAGUGCUUCCCAUUCUCACCUCAAGAAGUUGAUAGCCCCCUAGUUUUUUAUUUUAAAAAGCUCAUUUACUGCCUCAUCACACUAGAGCAUGAAUUCAAUUUAAAUCUGGUUUUCUGCUUCCUGCAGAAUUCUAGAGUUUGUAGUUUGGUGAGGCCUAGGACUUGUCUGGCCGAGCUGUUUAAAGCCCUCUCUCUAAAAGUGGAUUUAAAGUGGAUACAAGUUCAAGUGUGAUGGGGUCCUUAGGUUGUGUAGAGAAGUUUACUUCUCUUUUCUUUAGUCCAUCUGGCUAGUUUUAUCUUGGGCAGGGAGCAUUUCUUUCUGUUCCAAAGAGGUACUCUGUCUGGGAUGGCCCAUGACAUUUUCCCUUAGACAGACACCAAAUUACAUUUGUGCACUAAAAGGACCCAAGUGGCACAUGAAAUGCAGUUUGCCCAUAGGUAAUUUUUAUGGGACUGGAUUUCAAAAAAUAUUUAUUUUUUUCAACUUCAUUUCCUAAUCUUGUUCUUCCUCACAUUGGAGGGAAGAACUGGCACACCAAUGCUUCACUCCUGGUAUCUUAUCAGCUACAGAAAAAUUGCAAGGAGCUUCAAGGCUCUCUACUCCCACAAUUCCAGUAACAUAUGACUUCAGUAGUUUUUUGGAGCAAUAGGCAGUUGCAAGUUAAACAAAAACAUUUAAAAGAAAAUGUCUUUCCCAGAGUGCCUCAGAACUUUUUAAUUUGUUUUUGCUUUGAGGGUUUCUUUCUUUCUUGGCUGAAACUGUACUGUUGGAUAACAUUUUCAUUCUGUAAUGUGUUUCAAAGCAGUAAAUUGAUCCACAGUGUGACAAACACUUUUGUACAUGGACAGAAGGGAUUUUUUUUUUUAAAAAAAAAAAAACAAAACAUCCUGCAAUGUCUGAGUGGAGUUAACCUAUGUAUGCAAUGCAUUAAGGGAUUAAAAGUCUGGAAUGGUUAAACUA